AUGUCCCGUCGGAAGCAAGCGAAACCGCAGCAGCUCAAAUCGGACGAGGACGCACUGCUGGAGCUGCUGCCCGAUCACGUCUCAGGUGAAGGAGUGGACGAUUCAGACAGUGGAAACGAGAGCCGCAGUGGGAGUGAAGAGACCCAUGUUUGUGAAAAAUGUUGCGCCGAGUUCUUUAAGUGGUCUGUUUUUUGUGAACAUUUAAAGAGCUGUACCAAGAACCCCCUGGUGCUAAUAAUCAGUGAAAAUGAAGUGACUGCAAAUCCAGCACAGGAGUACCUUGCUGAACCAUCACCUGUGCCCAGCUGCACCAGUGAGACUGCAGACAGUGAGGAUGCAGGUGAGGGAAACCACAUUCCUUCUGAAGGUGAUGAUGGAGCAGAAAUGAUGCUGGAGCAGGGGGCUGUGUUGGACAAGGGGGACCAGCCAAUGGAAGUAGAACUGUCUCCUGAGAAACCCACAGACUCUGAAGAACAAGAUACUUUAGCAGAGCCAGACAUUUGCCUACCUCAAUUUGAGGACCGCAGCCAGUCCUCUGGGACAGGAUACACUAUACCCAGCACCAACGUUACACUGGAAACGCUGCAUGGAACCCGUGUGGCUGUGGCCCAGUUCUCCCAAACCACCCGAGCAGCACUAGCUGGUGGAGUGUCAACUAUGGCCAUACCUGUGAUCCUGGAUCAGCUCAUGGCCUUGCAACAACAACAAAUUCACCAGCUUCAAUUGAUAGAGCAGAUUCGGAGCCAGGUGGCACUUAUUAAUAGACAGGGCUCCACACAGUCAACAGUUAACCAUCAAAACACAAAUGCUGGAUUACAGGUAACUUCAUCCUCCAGUAUAUCUUCUAUGGCCGGCCAACUACGUGGCUUCAGUACAACUCCCGUGCACCAGCUUCCCAUCAAGGUAACCUCCAAUAGCAAUGGACAGGUGUCAACCUCAUUAUCUUCAGAUUUGAAGAGGGAUUGCUCUAGUGUCCCUCAGACAUGCCCUUUGACAAAUUCUGGGAUUAGCAGCAAUAUCACAAUCAAUUCCUCCUAUCCAACAGCCAGCUGCAAUGUGGUUUCCUCGCAAUUGCCUCCAUGUUUGGCAUCUACUGGCAUCAGUAGUAGCAGCAGCAGUGGCUGCAUCAGUAGUAGCACAGGAACUGGGGGUUCAGUCAGUUCUGGUAAUUCACUGCCAAGAACCACACCUAGUCCUCUAAUGUUGAAUCACGGAAGGUUGCUGUCAUCUCCCUCCAGCCUCCCCCUCAUGCCUCACAGCUCACCUAACAGUGUUAUCUUCCCUAACCCUUUGGCCAGUAUUGCAGCAACAGCCAAUGCUCUUGAUCCUCUCUCCACUCUAAUGAAACACCGCAAAGGAAAGCCCCCAAAUGUCUCUGUGUUUGAGACUAAACCCAGUGCAGAAGACGCCUUCUUCAAACACAAGUGCAGAUUUUGUGCGAAAGUGUUUGGAAGUGACAGUGCCCUGCAAAUCCAUCUGCGUUCCCACACUGGUGAAAGGCCUUUCAAAUGCAACAUAUGUGGAAAUCGUUUCUCCACAAAAGGAAACUUGAAGGUUCAUUUUCAGAGACACAAAGAAAAGUACCCUCACAUCCAGAUGAAUCCCUAUCCAGUGCCCGAGUAUUUGGACAAUGUACCAACCAGCUCAGGUAUUCCUUAUGGCAUGUCAUUUCCCCCAGAAAAGCCUGUUACCACAUGGCUGGAUAGCAAGCCUGUUUUGACUACAAUCCCAACUUCAGUAGCACUGCAACUUCCUCCAGGUAUUCCCAGCAUGGUAGGAAGCUAUGGGGAUUCAGCUAGUCUCACCCCUUUAAGCAGAUCACCUCAAAGGCCAUCACCGCCAUCAAGUGAGUGUACAUCUCCAAAUCGCCUUAAUGCAGAGGCCAGCAUCCCACACAUUUCUAGUUCACCACAAUCGAGUGUGGUAAGUGACACUUCUCUAGUUCUCAAACCUGAAGCCAUUCAUUUGCCACCUACCACUUCCGUAACCCAAGUGAUUCCUUUAUCCACUGGGACAACUACCACCAGAGCACAUAUCACAGACUCUGUGAACACUCUCACUUCUGUCACCCGUCCGUCCAUACAGAUGGUCUCUGACCAGUUUACGGCUAGGUUUCCUUUUGGUGGCCUCCUGGACUCUAUGCAAACAUCGGAGACCUCAAAACUACAGCAACUGGUGGAGAACAUUGAUAAGAAAAUGACAGACCCCAACCAGUGUGUUAUUUGUCAUCGUGUGCUUAGUUGUCAGAGUGCUUUGAAGAUGCACUAUCGCAUUCACACAGGGGAAAGACCUUUCAAAUGUAAGGUUUGUGGCCGUGCUUUUACAACCAAGGGUAAUUUGAAAACACACUUUGGGGUUCACAGAUCCAAGCCCCCUCUCCGGGUACAGCACUCUUGUCCUAUAUGCCACAAGAAGUUCACUAAUGCUGUAGUUCUGCAACAACAUAUCCGCAUGCAUAUGGGGGGACAAAUUCCUAAUACUCCUCUGCCUGAGGGAUUUCAAGAAAUAGAUACAGAUCUCUCAUUUGAUGAGAAAAGCUUAGAUGACAUAAGUCACUAUGAUGAUGAGUUAAUUGAUGAAAUGGAGCAAGCGAUGGAAGAUGAGGAAGGUCUCAAAGAGGGUGAUCUGGACCCAAUCAAAUCACUUCAAUCAUACACAGAAAUGUCUCCGAGCAGCUCACCCCCGACCUCUCUUAUCUCUGGCAUUUUUACAUCAGACAAUGAAAUGAAGCUCACUGACCCAACAGUUAAUCUGACCUAUUCCAUCAGUCUCAAGCCACCGGAAAAUAGGAGCGAAACUGAUGGGGAAAAUGGAGAUGUGUUUAAGAAUGACUCAUCAUUUACUGUGGGAGACUUAGAGAAUCACAGUGUUGGGAGUCCAGCCCAGUCUGAAUCAUCAAGCUCUAUGCAGGCUCUGUCUCCUGUCCAUAGCCAGUCUGAGAAUCACCUCUCUAAGUCUCCAAGUCAAACAAACAGCCACACCAAGGAUGAAGCUCGGAAUCCCACUGGAAUGAACGCAAAAGUGAAGUCGGAAAUAUCGGACACCCCUUCUCCUGGAUCAGAGAACUUGGGUGCAUUAGAUCUUAUUGCCACACACCCAACCAGGCCUUUUGUCAAAGAUGAGAAUCAUUUCAGUCUGCUGUUUCUGGGAAAAGACAGAGGUUUAAACACCCCCAGCAUGGUGAGCUCAGAACCAGGCAUAGUCAAGCUUGAAAUGAAUGGACAUGGUAAGCCACUGUCCAUGAAUGAGGGCCCCCACCUAUCGGUAGGGUUCCAGGCACCUGCUGCAACUCCUCAGACAGCAAUAACCCCCAACCUCACACCAAUGUUGGCACCACCCCCACCUCGACGGACCCCCAAACAACACAACUGCCACUCGUGUGGGAAAAAUUUUUCAUCAGCCAGUGCUCUUCAGAUCCAUGAGCGCACCCACACAGGAGAAAAACCCUUUGGCUGUUCUAUCUGUGGUAGAGCUUUUACUACGAAGGGAAAUCUAAAGGUCCACAUGGGAACCCACAUGUGGAACAAUGCACCAGCUCGCCGGGGAAGACGGCUCUCAGUAGAAAACCCAAUGGCUCUUCUAGGGGGAGAUGCUAUGAAGUUCAGUGAGAUGUUUCAGAAAGAUCUUGCAGCUCGAGCAAUCAAUGUAGACCCAGGUUUCUGGAAUCAGUAUGCUGCAGCCAUCACCAAUGGGCUGGCACUGAAAAACAAUGAGAUCUCCGUCAUUCAGAAUGGAGGGAUUCCAUCAAUUCCUAUUAGCUUGGGAGGGGGUGGCAUUCCCACUGUAGGGGGACUGUCAGGUGCAAUGGAGCGGUCUCGCCCCGGCAGUAGCCCUCCGAUGUCUGGACUCGAUAAAUCCAACUUAGAAAUGGCAACUGGACGGUCCUUUUCCAGAUUCAUGGAAGAGAACAAAGAAAUCGGGAUCAAUUAAUGAUUUCCCUUUAGAAAUGGAUAAAGACGACAAAAACACUAUUAACUGAAAAAAUAUUUCUAUGUACUAUAUUACAGUAUGUACAGAUGACGUCUGAUAUGCUGUUUAGUUUUGGAGCUGUAGUACUUAGUACACUGUUUCAUUCAUACAAAAAAGUAAUAAAUCUUUGUGUCUCAUUUUGAAAAUCUUUUGUCUUGCAAGGUUUGCAUGGUACUUAUUGGUUUCUAUCAGUAUGUUUCCUAGUAGUAUGGCGCCCUGGCAUAUGUAUGUGAUUGUCGAUUUACAUAAGUAAAAAAGACUAAAGGGUAAAGAAAAGCAAUUUGUGGGUGUACAAACACAUGGUUGUUUGCAGCACAUAAAAUGGAUAUAUACGAAAUGGCUUUUAUCGUUUUUUUAACUAAACACUAGUCUGAACUAGUUAAUUCGUUACAAAUUUCUUCUGCCAUUGUCUAACAUUAUUGUCCUGUGUCUUUAGUAUUUAUAAUAUAAAAAAACGGGUAUAUAUAUUUAAUGGGCCGGGGGUUUAAUUAAUCUUUUAAUCACUGUUUUGUUUUUGAUGCUCAAUCUAAACUCCUUCUAAAAUCUUGAAACAAUAACAGAUUCUUCAUUUUACCAACGCACACAUAUUGUGACGUUUCGUAGGAUAUCUAGCAUGCAUUUGUGUAACAGACGUGCUACACAAUCAGAGAGCUAUGGUAUCUAACGCUGCUACACUCACAAGCCUGGUUUUAAUGUUUGUGAAGUAAAAUGGAUCUACAAAAACUGUUCUGAACAGUACAAACAAAUCUGGUGUGCAUAUUUUGUAACACAUCACAAAGGGUAUGUUAAUUUGCAAUUUGUCCUGUUUGUGAAUGCACUUUUUAGAGGAAUGGUCUUGUCUGUGAGAUUCUGUUAACAUAGGGACUGAGCUAUGUGUAACUCUUCACUUUUUCCUUGUUCGCUCGUGGGGUUUGUAAAUGUAAGUUCUGAUUCUUGGACAGAAGUACAA